AAGUAGGACAUAACCUUAAAGCGCUAUUGCAAGCUACCUGCUAUCCUGACAGGUCCCGGCCAAACUGCAGCGAGUCUGUGCACGCCAACGUAAUCCUGCUGCUGGCUGCAUUUACAAACACAGUAAAAACACUUUAUCGUUCCUAGCUGCCUCCAGUCCUCGCCGCGACGCCAACCACCCGCCAACGUCCCUGGGGACUGCUGUGCAGUCGUGUGCCUGCACUGCUGCUAUCUGAAGGAGCCUCUGUGCGUUAGUUGGAGGGAGACACUUUGAGGCUGAGUGCUCGUGAUGGCGUCGUCCGCGAGCGCAGCACCCACCGGCGAGGUGCCGGACAACGCCAACCAGCACUGCCCAGGCACCGCCAGCGACCAGGCGGGCAAGUCCGCCGCCUGCGCCGGCUGCCCUAACCAGAGCAUAUGCGCCACUGCGCCGAAGGGGCCGGACCCAGACCUGGCUGCAAUUGCGGCACGCAUGUCGCGCGUGAAGCACAAGCUGCUGGUGCUGAGUGGCAAGGGUGGCGUGGGCAAGAGCACGGUGUCGGCGCAACUGGCCUUUGCGCUGGCGCGGCGCGGCUUCGAGGUUGGGCUGCUCGACAUUGACAUCUGCGGCCCCAGUGUGCCCAAGAUGCUGGGGCUGGAGGGGCAGGAGAUCCACUCCUCGGGCGCUGGCUGGAGCCCCGUGUACGUGGAGGACAACCUGGCGGUCAUGAGCAUUGGCUUCAUGCUGCCUAACCCCGACGAGGCCGUCAUCUGGCGUGGACCACGCAAGAAUGGCCUGAUUAAGCAGUUCCUCAAGGAUGUGGACUGGGGCGAGCUGGACUACCUGGUGGUGGACGCGCCUCCCGGCACCAGUGACGAGCACAUCACCAUCACACAGUGCCUGCAGGGUGCGGCGCUAGGCGAUGGCGGCAGUGGCGGCGCGGCGGCAGUGAUUGUGACCACGCCGCAGGAUGUGGCCAUCAUCGACGUGCGCAAGGAGGUCAACUUCUGUCGCAAAGUGGGACUGCCGGUGCUGGGUGUGGUGGAGAACAUGGCGGGCCUGGUGCUGCCAGUGGAGCGGGCGGCAUUCAGCGCCGUGCGCAGCAAGCGGGACGGCGCGGCUGGGGCUGGGGCUGGGGCUGGGGCUGCCGAGGCGGCAGUCGAGGAGGAGGAGGAGGAGGACGUGACGGCCGCAGUGCUGGCGCUGUUGGCGGAGCGCUUCCCGGGGGCGCAGCUGCGGCUGCGGGCCGAGGUGUUUCGUGAGGGCGGCGGUGCGGCGCGCAUGUGUGCCGACAUGGGUGUGCCGCUGCUGGGCCGCCUGCCGCUGGACCCAGGUCUAGGCGCCGCAGCGGACGCGGGCCGCAGCGUGCUGCCGGAGGCGGCUGGGGCGGCGGGGGCGGAUGCGGUUAAGGGAGGGCUGGAGGGCGUGGCGCCUCAGGCGUGCAUUGCGCCGCUGAUGGCGAUUGUGGGGAAGGUGGUGGAGCAAACGACGGGCGCGGACGGGAAGGCAGCGGCGGCGAAGUAGUGCGAAGGACUUGAGGGCGGUGAGUCGUGUCGGGAGGUUGUUCCUGUGGAUUGUUGGCUAUUCGGGCGGCGCUAUGACAGCGUGGUCGGCCUAGGCUAGCUCCUGACAUAGCUCCUGACACAGCAUUCCCUCCUGACAGUCAGGGGCGGCAGGGGCUUUCUCAGAGGAUAGCAGGCAUGUUCUAUGGCUUGAGCUGGCGCAUGACGGACGUGUUACUGCUUGUUGACUGCUGGUAAAGUCAGCUGACGUUACCGCUAACUUGAGCCGCUACGCAGCCUACGCUGUGGGUGUUCCUCACUGCUUGAAUUUGCUCGAGUCUCCGGCACGUUGGCACGUAUUGGCAAGGGCUUCCCUCGUUCUCGUGAAAGCUGUCUUUCAGGCGCCAACCGCAUUCCAGGUUAGCACAUUGCUGCUGAGACUGUUGAGACAUCCGCUCAGUGCCCACCAGCCUGCCAGUCUUGGCA